CACCCGGAGCCGAACCGAGCCGGACCGUGCAGGACAGAGGAGGUGGGACCAGUGGGAGUGAAAGGGGAUAUUUGGAUGUCAUGGAGAGCCAAGCGGGCGAGCCGCAGAGCUGCGAGGACGUGCGGAAGAGCGGCUAUCUCCGCAAGCAGAAGUCCAUGCACCGGCGGUACUUCGUGCUCCGCACCGCCUCGGAGCGUGGCCCAGCCCGUCUGGAGUACUACGAGAGCGAGAAAAAAUUCCGCGGCAAGGCCCCUGUCCCGAAGAAAGCAGUGGCUCUGGAGACCUGCUUUAACAUCAACAAGCGGGCCGACUCCAAGAACAAGCACAUGAUCGUGCUGUACACCCGGGCUGAGAGUUUCGCCAUAGCCGCGGAGAAUGAGGCGGACCAGGACGAGUGGUACCAGGCCAUGGUGGAGCUGCAGUGUAAAAGUAAGAACCCGACUGACAACGGUGCUGCAGGGGACUAUGGAGUGCCAAAUCCUGGACCUGCUUUCAAAGAGGUGUGGCAGGUGAAGGUGUGGCCCAAAGGCCUGGGCCAGGCCAAGAACUUGGUGGGCAUCUACCGCCUUUGUCUGACUGAAAAAACGGUGAACUUUGUCAAGCUUAACUCAGAUGCUGCAGCCGUGGUGCUGCAGCUGAUGAACGUCCGACGCUGUGGCCAUUCAGAGAACUUUUUCUUUGUUGAGGUGGGACGCUCUGCUGUGACAGGCCCAGGCGAAUUCUGGAUGCAGGUUGAUGACUCAGUGGUGGCCCAGAACAUGCAUGAAACCUUGCUAGAAGCCAUGAAGGCCCUGAGUGAGGAGUUCCGACAGCGUAGCAAGUCACAGUCUAAUUCCGGUCCUGGAGGAGGUGCUACUGCAUCUAACCCCAUCAGUGUUCCCUCACGCCGCCACCACCCAAACCCUCCUCCCAGCCAGGUAGGCUUCUCCAGGCGGCCCAGAACUGAGCCUCCAGGAGGAGCUAAUGGGGCGGCAGGGGCCACUAGUGCCAAUGCUUCUCCCACCCCGAGGCAUAGCUUUCCCAGGUCUCGCACUGCCAGUGAUGGGGGAAAAGGUGAGGAUGGGUUGGCAGGGACCACACCGCUUCAAGGCCCGAACUCCAGCCCCUCGACUAAUGGGUCUUGCUCUACCACCCCAAUCCUCAGGUCAAAAUCAGUUCGCUCAGCCAGUACUACAGCUGCUAAAACUCCUCUUGGGUUGAUGCGUUCCAUCUCUACACCAGCACCCUCUCCAGCCCCAAGCCUCUCUUCUAGCUCUGGACAUGGCUCAGAGUUUGGGGGGGUAACAUCAUCUGCAAGCGCUGGUCCAUCUGGUGCCUACAGUCGUGUCCUCUCCCAUCGUGCGUCUGUCUCAGGCUCCCCAAGUGACUAUGGCUCCUCAGAUGAAUAUGGCUCAAGUCCUGGAGAUCACACGCUCCUACCCUCACCAAGUCUCCCAGGAAGCUCUGUGGGUAGCACUGGCAGCCAGUCCCUCGGGGAGGAGGGGGCUAACUAUAUCCUCAUGGGGCAACGUAGUGGUGGUGGUGGCAGCAGUAAUCAAGGCAGCUUGACAUCAAGUUCCCUGCCAGCACCAGGAACACCUUCUUACGGCUCGCAGCCCCAAUCCAGGAGAGUCCUGCGCCGCUCCUCCAGUCGUGAAUGUGAAGCUGAACGUAGGCUCCUAAGCAAGCGGGCCUCGUUACCUCCUAUGGCUCUGGAGAGGCUGGCCCCACGUCAGCGCAGAGCAGAAGAGCCGGCAGAUGAAGAUUCAGCUGACUAUGCCAUUAUGUCGAGGAGCACUAGUCGAGAGUCCUUUACGUCCACUUCUUCAUCUUUGCAGAGGGAACCUAUCUUAAGUGCUGGGUCAGCUGUGGGAGGAGGAGGGUAUUUGGAUGUGGCAGGUGAGUUUAGAAGUGAAGGCGCUGGAGGAACAAGUGGGACAAUAGAUGUAGUUGUGGACAAUGGGUACAUGUCCAUGCUUCCUGGUGUCACCCAGCCUCCAGCAUCCCUGUCCCAGUCAGCAGCUGUCUCUGUACCAGACUCAGAUUCCAAACCAGGGGAUGAUUACAUGGCUAUGACCCCAAACAACAGUGUGUCCCCUCCACAGCACAUCCAGCCUCCACCAACUUCUGAUGGCUAUAUGAUAAUGUCACCAAAUAGCAGCUGCUCUCCUGAUCAACGUGGAGGUUUGUCUGGAGGAGCUUGGGUAGGCAGUGGUAGUGCAGACAGCAGGGCAGGGAGUGACUAUAUGAACAUGUCUCCAAUCAGCGCACGCUCUGUAAAUGGCAGCCCCCCACCUCCUGAUCAUGCAGGUCAGUCAGAGACGAGUUCUCAACAGCAAGCCCCCAAAAUGGUGUACUCUUACUAUUCCCUUCCUCGGUCUUACAAGCAUAAUCCCACUUCUGGUCACUUUGAUGAUGGGCCUGGGCGAGGUAGAAGGCCCAAUGGGAGUUGUAGUAGGGGAAUGGGUGGAGGUAGAACUAUAGGAGGACGUCAGGAGCAACCAGCAGCAGGCAAUUCUGUGGUUGGACGCCUGUCACUCUCGUCGUCCUCAUAUUCUUCAAGCUCAGCCAGCAGUGAGAGCCUUGGAGAAACAGAGGAUCGAGCCAUCCAGGCAGCAAGCCCCAUGACUGGGGGAGUUCAGUCCAAAGAUGGGACUAAGCCCCAGCAGAAACGAGGAUCUGGUGGGUUGUCCAAGCAGGGCAGCCAUACUAGAAGCAGACCAGUGAGUCUGUUUGUUGAUGUAUCCAAGGCUAACACCCUUCCUAGGGUCCGUGAGAACCCCUUGCCCCCAGAGCCUAAGAGUCCCGGGGAGUAUGUAAGCAUUGAGUUUAAAGGGGAGAAGUGCAGCCAGACUGGGGUUGGCGUAGGGCGUGGCAGGGGUCUGAGGCAUGGCUUAUCAUUGCCACAAGGCUCAAGCAACAAGCAUCCUCAACAUAGGCCAACUUCUUGUUUAGGAAACUUCAUCCCCUUAUCUGGUAGUCCCUCUGCACCCAUCACUCCCCCAGCUGCCUCUGAGUAUGUCAACAUGGACUUAGGUCCUUCUCCAUCCCCUUCACCCCUUACCCCACUGGUUUUCCCUUCUUUUCACACGCCUCCAACACCUCCAACUCUUGCUCACGCUCCUAAAGCCUGCGAUGAGGGUGCUACCAGUCCUCAUGAAGAGGGGGCUGAAGUGGCUGAGGCUUCACUUAGGAAAAGCAGAGAAAGCGUCCCAUCGGUGACUGAAUCUGAGUCGCCAACCUCAUGUGGAGACUACACGGAGAUGGCCUUCAGUUUGAAUAGCAAUGCCGUCCCAAGGCCAUCAUCCAGUGUGUCACCAAAAGCUACUUCCCCCACCAGGACUGAGUCUACUGCCCCUGUGCUGUCACGGGGUCUAGACUUCCCUCUUGCCAAGCCAGGACCCAAUCCUGACCAUGGGGCUAAAGUAAUCCGGGCCGACCCUCAAGGACGUAGACGGCACUGCUCAGAAACCUUCCUUGCUUCACCAUCCCUCCCCACCUCUACCUCUACAUCCUCUUCCUCCACUGCAUCCCUCUUUCCAGAACAUGCCCAAGCUGUGGCUCGCCGGCUGGGCUUUGAAAACAUGCUGUGGAAUAACGGUGCUGUAACUGAUAACCCUACUCAGUUUGCCCUUGCUGGACAGGCUCCUCUUUCCGGAAACACUCAAACUUCAUCAACAGAGCAAGGACUCAACUAUAUAGACUUGGACUUGGCCAACAAAGAGACCCCCCAUUUGGGCCUGGAUGGACCCUCAGGUACUCAAGCAGCCUCUCGCCUCUUCUCUGUACUGGGUGGAGGUUCUGGAGUUGGUGGAGUAAGUCCAGCAGUAAGCAGCAGCAGCUCAAACCUCAACACUUACGCCAGCAUCGACUUCUACAAAUCAGAGGAGCUACGGACGCACCAGAAUGGAAACAAGGAGGGAACAGAGUGCUGAUGUCGGUGCAGCGUCCUUGGGGAAACAAUCUGGAACCAAUCAGAGAGCUUCAAAGCUACGCCUGCUCCGCUUGUGACUACCAAUCAGGCCAAGCGGAACAGCAGGAUCGGACACGCCCCCUUCUCGCAGCACUUUGACAGAGACUGAUGGAUUAUUUUUUCUCUCUCUCUUCGCUUUCAUCUAGUUGGUUGUGAAAAACCGACAGGGAUGUGUGCCAAAUGACAUUCUUGUAAAGCCAUUUGCUGUUCUCAUUCCUCACUUGGAAAGCCAAUCAGAGAAGGGUACAGAUUUUUUUUUUUUUUAACUUGUUAUCAUAAAGACUAUAAUGGUGGCUGAGUUGUGUUUAAAAAAAGAAUUAUAUAUCAGCUCAAAAAGUGCCUCAUUUUCAGAUUGUAGCCAUUUUACAAAGAACUUCAACUAACUGAAGCUUUGGAUUUUGUGUGCUUGAUUUGAUGUAACAAAAACAAUACAGCAGAUCUGGUGUGGUCUUUUGCUGUGUUCAUGUCAUUAUGCUACAAGUAAGAGAUAAUUUAAAGUCCCUGUAAAGUGAAAAACAUACUGAGUCUUAACACACUAGAUAUGAUGGAGUACAGUUGCUGUAAACAUGUGAAAACACUGAUUUUUUUUAUUUUUUUUAUUUAGACCAUUGGAAAGUUGUUCACCUCUCCCCUGGCUCUGUUUAAUCAGAGCAAAGCAAAAAUCUGAGCCCAUGACAUCACCAGUCUUGAUAAGGAAUUACCCCACCCACCUAACGCUAGAACAAUAUAAAAUUACUGAGCAGUUCAUCUUAAUACAGUCUGUUGUUAGCUGAUGUCACUGCCUUUAUUGAGAGUUAACAGCCAGCUACAUGCUGUGUUUUUCGUUCAUUGUGAGGUUAAUUUCCCAAAUCUGUCAGCUACGGCAGCCUACAGGUAAUAAAAAAAAAAUCAUAACAAAGAAAAUUGUGCCAGAAAACAGUGAAUUUACUCCCCAACUUCUGUCUCUCCACAAAGACGCAUUUUUCAUAUUAGAGGAUUGUAUUUCUAGUGAGUGGGCGAGAUUUCAGCUCAUUGAACCAACACGCUGACACAAUUAUAGAGCAGAUUUUACUGCCUCAUUUUUCAUGAUUUUGAAGCUUAAUUUGAGAUGUUUUCAUGACUCAAAUUUGGCCUGGUGGUUCAUAACACAGUGGCCUGUCAUCCAACAGACCUAAAAUAAAUAUUUUUUAUCACUCUACAGGGACUUUAAUGUUUACAACUAGCAAACAGCGGCUUUGUGAUGACAGAAUCAGUGGUAUUAGGGAUAAAAAUGCUGUGCGUGAUCAAUUUUACACUUAUCUGCAAUAUCUUGGGUUGAUAACCUUUAAUGGGUUUGAAUAGGCGACAGUUUGUGUUUAGAUUACAGGGACUUCUGUAUCACUCUGUGCCAAUCACAGCUCAAUCUUAUUUACAUAUGGAUAUUCACUUGAACAAUACAAGUGUGGAUCACAGUAAUCCCUAUAUGACAUGAAUUCAGCAUACAAGGUAAAUAACGUUAAUGGUACUAGCAAUGAGCUGGCCUUUCUGUCUACUGUGAGAAAUAUUAGCAUAGCUGCUGUUAGCAUUCAGUUCCUCAUAUAACUUACUUUUUCCAGCCAGUCCUAUCUUUUUCUCUUUCUUUUACCUUUCUCAGCAGAAAAGCUUGAACAGGCUUGAACACCUCAGCAGAAACUUGCUAGUUAGCUUAAGUGAGCUGGAUGAGAUUAAGAUAUUAGCAAUGUGCUAGGAUGCUAAUUUGACAUCCUGCUGCCCACAGCUCAGGGUAAGACCCCUGCCAUAGAGCCAAGAAAUCCCAUUAGGGGUCUUACCUCCCAACACCUACAGUAUGUCCCAUUUUGCCCCCAUCUUCUCAGGAUGCUAAAGUAGCCUAUAUAGCAUAAAAAUAGCCAUGCUAAUGCUAGCUGAUUCAGUCAUUGAUAUAAAUGCAUCAGACAAUUUGUUCCCAAUUAUUUUAAGCAUUACGGUACCAAACACUUAAGCUGUUAAUAGAAACUGAUCUCUAUGUUUCUUUUGGGCUCUGUUUCCUUCCCUUUCUUUCUAUCUCCAGCUUCGCUCUUACUUCAAUCUGCGCUAUGCAUCAGCACUUAAGUGCCUGUCUGUCCUUUUUACUCUCUGCUCCUUCUUAGCAACUAGCACUAUUAGGACUGUCCAACCUGAAUAUAUCAAGUCUAUUUUUGUGUCUUUUUUUUUGUCUUUUUUGGCUGUACAUUUCUCAUUUAAAACAUGUACAUGUUCAUUCAGUGUGACUAUCAGAUGACUUGACUUUUACAGCCAUGGCCCUAAUCGGAGGAGUUUUGGACUGUUUCUCUUGUCGGUAAUGACAGAUUUAGGUGUUGUGUUGGGGCCUUUAGUGCCAAAACACAGGAAAAAAGCUCCAGCAGCACCUCAAGAAGCAACCUUCAGCUCUCAAGUCUGGACGUAAUGCUUUGUUUUAUUCUGAAAAUGUUAUUGAUUUCGCACCCAGGGGGAAGAACUGUCACAUAUCUCGCCUCGCAGUCUGAGAUAAAGGUCAUUGUGAAGACAUGUAUGCUUUAACCUCAGCCUACUUUGACCGGAGGAUGAAAAGAAAUGCAUGACUGGAGAGAGAUAAGGCUGCCUUGGGGAAAAAAAAAACAACAAAUACCUUAUGUCUGAAUAUGUGUGCAUCUAUGUAGCUCUAAAUUGUACUCAUGUGUUUGUCUGCCAGCCUUGAGAAGUUCAUGAACUUUCUCACUCUGGUCAAAUGACUGUCGGGGGGGCCUAGAGCUUAACAAUGCAGCUUUAGUAUGAGAAGAUUGGGAUCUGUGGCUGGAUUGCCUGUAAUAGUGGCGACUAAAAAAUAAUUGGACUUGAGACCAGAUUUAGCACAUUGAACCGUGCUCUUGUAAAAAUUGGCAGGCACAGACAUGACUGGUUGAAAUGUUUCUGAUGUCUUUUGGAAAUGUUCUCAUGUUAGAAAAAAUAAGCAGCACAAAUGAAAGGUACGUCUAGUUAAUGGUGAGAGCAAAACAGUUGCUUUCAGUGAUCCUGCCAUUUCCGCUCCUUUGUGCUCCGAGCAUUUUGUCAUCUUAUGAAUGAACUUUUUCACUUCAUCCAACUGCCUGCAGUCUGAAAAUUUGUUCUUUGUCUGUGGUGAAGUGUUCGAUCGUCAAAGCCACAAAUCAUGACUAAAGCUCCUUCUGGGAAAAGCUCAGGCGAACGGGGGGUUUAAGAGUUGAAGUGGCUGUAUGAUUUCAUUCACUGCGUUGUGAGCGACUAGCAAUUCUCAUAAAAUGUGUUCAAGAAAAGUGCUGCUGCUGUUCUAAAUGGUGUAAUCUCUUCCUCCCUUCCUCUGAGGGAUGGUACUGAAUGGGAAUAUUGUGAGAUCUGCCAUUGAUGUAGACAGUUUUACUUCUGUUGCUUGAAAAAAAAGACUAAAAAGAAAAAAAA